GGAAGAGAUCGGCUUUUUAGUUUGGGGACGGGCGUCUGUGGGUCGUCUGGGUGGCACGAGUCCUUUUGGCAAGGUGUGGGGGGAGAAAAACGAGUCAUCUGCUUGGGUUUCCUCGGAAGUAAAUUCCAUUGACUCCUAGGAGGCGCCUUCCUUGGAACGGCGCCGCGUCGUGGAUCCUGGCCAUUCAAAUAGGCUGGUUUCAUGCACUUCAUCAGUGGGGACACGCGUCACAGGCAUGCAUGCUCCACACGCGCACACAAAUCCUCGUGAACGAGUCAGUCCUGCGCUCUUAAGGGGAAACAAGGAGGUCCUAAGAUCAAAUCAAGCCAGAACUGGCCCUAGAAGAAGAAUGACGAAACCGAGGCUGUCGGACUUCGGACUCCUCAUGAGAAAGGAAGACUCUUCGGAGAAGACAGUCAUGCUAGGGAAAGUGCAAGGCAGAAGACGAAGAGAAAGACCACCUAUGAGAUGGAUUGACUCCGUAAAGACAAUCGCAUCCUCGAGUUUGCAAGAGCUGAGCAGGGCUGUCAAGGACUGGACACUGUGGAGGGCUUUCAUUCAUAGGGUUGCCAUCAGUCAGAGACAACCUGCUGGUGCACAGCAACAGCAAUGGGAAAGGUGUGGCAAAAGGGAAAGAGAGUUGUUGGGUUCCCUUUCCGGAGGGGCAGCUUUGGGAGUCUGUGGGAACAAAAUGUAUCCAAAGUUUUGUGGCAUCUUAAAGGCUUCAUCAGCAUGAUUGCACUGGCAGAAAGUGACAGACCUGUUGCUCAGGUGUUAAAGAAUUUUGGAGCAUGCCCACGCUGUGUUCUGCGGUUCUGCCGUGUGGGGCAACAGGCUUUGUACAGGCAGCCCCAUAAGGAGUUGCUUGCUGAGCUGUGCAAGUUCCUGGAGAGCAAUAAAGAUGAGGACAACCCAUCUUGUGAAACAGAAACGCCACCGUCCAAAAGAAUCAAGCUGGGGAGAAUGGAAGAGGCUGAAGAGCAGACCCCAAAUGGAAGCCAUCUGUUGGAGGUUGGAGCGGGAACGGCUGCCGAGGGCUUGGAGACAGCUGUGUGCUGCGUGUGCUUGGGGAUUUUGCAGCAGCUCUGUGAGGUGGAUUUUGUCAAAGCAGUGUGUCAUAAGAUUAACUCCUCGGAAUAUGAGUUUUCUAGCUUUGUGCUGUCAGUGUCUUUCCCACCCCAGCUUUCUGUCAGGGAGCAUGCAGCCUGGCUGCUGGUGCAAGAGGAAAUCGAGAAACAAGGCCUUUUGGUGGGAAAAGAUGACCUUGUUCAGCUGAAAGAAGCCUACAAAUGGAUUAUCCACCCCUUGUUCUUGGAGGAGCUGGGGGUCCCUGCUGAUGGGAAGAGCCUGUUUGAAGUGAGCAUGGUUUUUGCUCAUCCAGAAACAGACGAGGACUGCCGUUUCCUAGCCUCAGCUUGCCCAAGUUGCUUCAAACCAGCAAAGAACAAACAGUCUGUCUUCACCAGAAUGGCUGUCAUCAAGGCUUUGGAUAUGAUCAGCGAGGACGAUUUUCAUAGGCAUUUCCACAGCCCGCCAAGUUUGCCCAAGUCACCUUGCUCAGCCGUUGACAUUCAGUGUACCAAUGGUGCCAUCUUUGUGGCUGGAAGAUAUAACAAAUACUCCAGGACACUACCUCAAACUCCCUGGAUUAUCGAUGGAGAGAGAAAGAUGGAUUCUUCAGUGGAGGAACUAAUCUCUGAGCAUCUCAUGACUGUCUUCAAAGCAGAUAGCUUUAAUUUUUCAUCCUCUGGAAGAGAAGACGUGGAUGUGAGAACAUUAGGCAAUGGAAGACCCUUCGCGGUGGAGCUGUUGAAUCCUCGGAAAGUCCACGUGACUGCUGCAGAUAUGAAGGCGCUCCAGCAGACCAUCAAUAACUCUUCAGACAAGGUCCAAGUUCGGGAUCUACAGCUUGUCACCAGAUACUUGCAGGUCCAGGGCAGAAUUACGACGGCAGGAUUUUUGGCCAGAGAGGCCAUCGGGCACAUGAAGGAAGGGGAAGAAGGCAAGACCAAGACCUACAGUGCCUUGAUCUGGACAGAAAAAGUCAUCCGAAAUGAAGACCUUUCGCCUCUGGACAACAUGAAGCUUUCCUGGUCUCCAUGGUGUUCCUCUUCUUCAUUUUCAAUCUGUGGGCAGGAAUUGAAGAUCGACCAGAAAACUCCGCUGCGGGUCCUUCACCGGCGACCGCUAGCUGUCCGGGCCCGCAUCAUCCACACCAUGCGGUCAGAGUACAUCGAUGAGCACCAUUUCCGCCUUCAUCUGAAGUCACAGGCCGGGACCUACAUUAAAGAAUUUGUACAUGGAGACUUUGGAAGGACCAGGCCUAAUCUUGGUUCCCUCUUGGGGACGACCGCGGACAUUAUGGAGCUGGAUGUAGAAUCGGUGGAUGUUGAUUGGCCUCCAGCACUGGACAAUUAAUGAAGAAUUAGAAUUUAGGGAAUUUCAACUAUUGUAGUCCAACACAACUGGAGGUUGAAGAGGGCUGAGGGGCAAAGGACGGGCUGCAUCUGGCAAACUAGAUCGUUUCCCUGAGUUUUUGUUCAGCUUAUUAGAUCAUGUUGAUCUGUUCAAAGCUGGUUGGUUUGUAAUUAAAAUGGCUGCCUUUCAUGGCUUUUAAGAAUUCAAGAAGAAAUUUGGAACCAAUUCCUAUAUAAAUACACAAUUAUCUGAUACAGAUUUAAAUCUUGAGGUAGGAUCUUUUGUCAAGAGAAAAUUACUUUGAUUUUCUGUAUAAUGGGGCAGAUUUGGAAGCCAUAAACUCAUUCUGAGAUCAUAGCAGAGAAUAGCCAAAUAAAAUUCCCAGAGAGAUCCUUGGCUCUCUGUGUGAGAAAGAACCAACACUUUCUCCAUUCAGACUGGAGCACACUUCUGUGCUUAUUGUUUAAAAACUCUGUUUUUGGGUGUACCACUUACAGAAGUAAUAUUGGCAUUUUUUACAAGUUGCAUCGCAUUGUCAUCUGCUGCUGACAGAGAUGGAGGUUUGAAAGGCCUCCUUAAGGUACAUUAUGCUUUAAAAAGCCAACGCUCACAGAAUGCUGCGUGUGAUGCAGGGCCGGCCCUCCCAUUAGGCAGAGUGAGAUGAUUGUGGCAGUGGCGGCGGUGGCAGCCUCCCAGCUGUUCCUCUUGGCACUCCCCGGCUGUUGCUCUCGGCUGGAGGAUGCAGCUGUUUAUGCCGCUCACCUGCUGUAGGUCCCAUUAGGCCAGCCUGUUGCAUGGGAAUGCAACUCUCGCGCUGGAUAUAGAACAGUGCGGGGCAUCAUGCCUCCCUUUAAAGGUAGGAGAUGAUGUGCAAACCCUUCCGGGAAUCAGGUAAGAUGCUAAGGUAAUGAACCUUCUGGAUAUUUUAAGACAGUAAUAUUUGGCCAGUGUUGUGUACCGAAAAACAAAGUGUGAAAUGCAAAGGACCUGGUUUGCACAUAGUGAAAACUCAUUGUUUUAAAUCUCAGUGGAUUGUCAUGUAUGAGAUGGAGACGUGUGCUUUCCUCUGACGCUUUUAUUCCUCAGUCCACAAUUGGAUUCUUCAUAGGUUCUGGAAUCUGACACCCAAGCACAGAUCUCGGUCUUGUUGAGAGGCAGAACAACCCAAAUCUUAACCCACAGUUUACAUGUGAACAGGGCCAAUGUGAGGUAGUUCUGAAAAAUAGAAUUGUUUUUAUACAAAAAAUUAAAUUUGACAAAAUUCUCUUCAA